UGUACUUGUGUGUGAGAGUUCAACCUGUCACGGAAGAGGCGGGGCAAAUUGGCUAGCGCAUGCGUGGAACCCAAACUGAGCAAUAUUAUGUAAAACGGGGUGGGCAAUAGGGGGCAGCACACAAGCCAGUUACCUGCUGAGCCAACAAUAAUGAGCUUCCGAGAAGAAGACGUAGCAUGGCUAACGGCAGUGUAAGUAAGAAAAAAUAAGUCAAGCAGCCGCAAUUUUAAAUGGCCUGUUAUCAACACCGGAUGCAUCAAGCAGUGUGGCCAGGGCUUUAAAUGAAAGAGCUCCUCAGGUGGCCCAUACUGAUUCUGUUGAAACAGAACUAUCAUCUUUGUUUCGUACUGGAGCAGCUGGCCGAAGUUCGGCGGUGUCAACAGGAAAUCAAGGACCAGGUUUGGUGGCUGCUGCGGCUCCACGUUUCCAAGCCCAGCAGAGUUUUGGACUUUGGUCUACUAACAGGAAAAGAAGACCCAAAGGUAUCCAUUACCAUGAAUGCUUUAACAAAGAUGUGAUACUCCUUCCAAAUCCCUCUGGGAAGUAAUUUGCAAGCCACCUUUCAAGCAAUACUUGCAUGAAAAUGGUCACAUACUGAGUGCCUUUGAAUUCCACAAGUCUUGGGACUAUCAUACUGUGAUCCAGCAAAUUAGAGGUGGAUUUGGUUCGACAAUUCCUCAAAAUGUCAGCCUUCAGAUUCUCAUGGGCUGUGGAAAUAAACUGAUCUCUCCUAAACUGCAAGAUGGGCAACAACUGAAUGGCCAGUUGAUCCAGAAGGUCUUCCGAUCUAAGGCUCUGUAUGUCAAACCAUCACAAACUCUUCUUGAAGAUCCAGAGCUAAGGAAUGCAACUUCAUAUGAAGUAUCUCCCCGGACAACAAGAGCCAUGACAAGAAAUAAACAACUUAACACACCAGAAAAUGCCCUCCCCUACAAUACUGACAUGGGGAAUUUUGGUGAAGAGUUGCCAGAAAUAGAUCAUUCAACCUUUUGCCCAUCUGACAACAGCCAUUCAAAUAUGCCGCCUUCUGCUACAACUGAAACUCAGUCGGCUACCACUAUCAGUACCAGCUCUUCUGCUACAGAUUCUAAUCCCUCCCUUGAAAUCUGCCAAGAUGAGCCUACACCACAUGCAAGCUCCAACUACACCACUUAUUUGUCAGUGAUGUCAAGUGUUUCUGAUCUGUCCUCUGAUGACGAAGAAAUGAAUCAUGCCAUUUUGGCUAGUAUUGAGACUCACUUAUCAGAAACUUCUUCAAAGAGUUUGCCUGUGAAGGACAUACUUGAGGAGUUGUCCAAAAAUAUCGACACAGGAAUGCACUGCAAAUUCAAUAUUAAUCGUUCAGCAGUUUUAGAUGGAGCCAUACGUGGAUUUAAGAGAAUAUCAUACAAUCCACAUUACUCAAUGAAUGUGAAGUUUUCUGAUGAUUUUGGAAAAAAUGAGGAAGCAAUUGAUUUGGGUGGCCCACGGAGGGAAUUCUUACGUUUACUCAUUGAAGCCUUGUCCAUGUCUCCAAUGUUUGAAGGCCCUGAAGAAUGCAAACAUUUAGCUAUGAACAGUACAGCACUCAGGGAGGACAGGUACUUUAUGGCUGGAAGGGCAAUCGCUGUUAGCCUUGUGCAUGGAGGUCCAGCUCCAAGGUUCCUUUCUCCAGUCCUUUUUGCUGGCUUGGUUGGAGGUCCAAAUGCAGUUUGCCCUACUCUGAAGGAUAUAACAGAUGCUGACCUUCAGGAAAAAUUGAAAACAGUGUCUGAAAGUUCUACCCUGGAGGAGCUUCUGAGAGCCACAGAUCCUCUUUUGGACUACAUGACCAGUGCAGGUUGCGUCAGGCCCUUAAGAGCCAUAAAUGAUCGAGAUCUUCUCCUACAUGAUCUGCUUAUGUUUCAUGUGGUUCACAGGGUUCAAGGCCCCUUUCAAAGGUUUGCAGAAGGUCUAAAGACACUUGGAGUUUUGGAUGCUGUCAAACAACAUCCAAACAGUUUUCGGUCUUUGUUCUGCCAUGAACCACAGCAAUUAACUGCUGACAUGAUGGAUGACCUUUUCACCCUUCGGCUUGCUUCCAAAGGAAGUAACAGGAGGAGAGUAGAAGAGACUGUCAUUCCUUUGUGGAGAGAUUAUUUGCAGGAUGCAGAAGACGAAGAAGGAUCAUCUAAGCUUCAAAACAUCCUUGCAUUUGCAACUGGAGCAAAUGAGAUACCACCAAUCGGCUUUUCCCCGGCACCAUCUAUUGAGUUUCUCCAUGAGGGCAGUGAAGAAGGGUCUUCCAGACAAAUGUUCCCCAUGGCCAACACAUGUAUAAACUGCUUAAAACUCCCACUUGUGACUUCUUAUGAAGUGUUUAAGGAAAACAUGGACUUUGCCAUUGCGAACACCCAAGGAUUUGGGAGAACAUAAGUUUUUUUUGUUGGAGUUAUUACAGUUCUCACAUUAAAGUUAACACUGGUUUACUACACUUGCUAAGGCCGGUCCAGUUUAGCAAGUUGAUUUUCUUAAAAAGUAAUUUUACAGUGGGCACUGGCAGAGAGCAGAGAUUGGCUUAAAAUUAAAAACAAGCAGUUUUAAGUUGAUUGAAAUCAUAUUGUCAUUUCCAUCUAUUUUGUGGAAAAUUGUUUUUUUUUCCCUUUUUCAAAAUUUGUUUGUUAAAUCCAUUUUCCUGCCACCCGCUCGCUAUUACAUGGAAACUGGUCUUACAUUGAAUCUUAAAAGCAGCCAUUUGUUUUUGUUUAAUGGUUCAGCUUUUAUUUUUGUAUUUUUCUAGUUUUGAAAGGUUUAAAAUUACCUCAAACCAGCCUGUUUCAUACACUUCCUUGUUAAAUGUUUUACCAUCUGUUUUCCAAUGGCUUACUAUUAAAUUUGGUGGUCUUUACACCAGUGUUUGUA